AUGCCUGUCAGCGACAGGUUAUCAUGGAGAUGGUCGCACACAUGCACGAAACGGUCUGCUUGCGAUGGUGCUCCUUGUCACCCAACGGCCACUUGCGUUGACGACCAAACGUCGCUGAAUCCAGGCGGAUAUACCUGUCUAUGCCCGGUUGGUACGAUGGGCGAUGGAAUAGGUGAAGACGGCUGUCAACCAAGUAAUUCUACAAUAUGUCGUGAAGGUAUAUGUAUGAAUGGCGGCACAUGCAAGCCUCUAUCCGAUACACAGUACCGUUGCGCUUGUGAGGAAUUCUAUUAUGGUCUUCACUGUGAAAAGGUUUCCGCCUGCAUCGGGUCACCCUGUGCAAACGGCGGCAUUUGUGAAGAUAGCGGGCCUGGACAAGUCAAAUGUACCUGUCCUAUUGGCUUCUAUGGACAAUGGUGUGAACUUGAGGAGAACAGUAAGUUCAGAGAAGUUCUUAUAUGUAGGGACAGUUCUCGCUCGUAUUAA